AUGCACUCUCCCAAGAAAAAAAAAAACCUUUCUAGCAAGUUACACCAAAUUGAGCAUGUGCAUGCCUAAGGUUCAGUCUGGAGAUAAGAGGUGGUCGCUUGAAAAAGGGGGGAACAGAGAAGAAAGGAUCAGCCUUUUUACACAAUGCAGAGGAUUAACCCUUAGGUUCCACAGUGUGUAUAACAAGCAUGCUUUACUGCACAGGGGCGGACUGACCAUUCGAGCACUGCCUGAGGGCCCGGGUCAGUAGGGGGCCCCAUGAAAUGCCCCUGGUACCUU